AUGUACGACAAGUUACUCGCCGCUAAUGCAGGAUGGGAGGCCGAGCGUCCAGCAUCCUAUGACCCCCUCUGCUUUGAUAUACGGGCAGACCCUGAGGACGGGGUAGAUUUGGGCUGGGACGUCCGAUAUCAUGCAGACUGGCACGCGAUUGGAUGGGCGUACAAGACGCUGGCUCGGAUCCUUCUCGUGAUUCACAACCCAAGACAACCCCGAGUGGGACUCAAUAGGAUCUCGGCGUGGGAGAAAGUGCUGAAAGAGGUGCACUACUCAAUCAAGCUGCUAUGCUCCAUCGCUCGUUGCAGAGCGACAGUCCCAGGGCCCUCGCUGAUUGCAUGCAUGGCAGUGUGGCUUGCGGGGGACAUGGUUGAAGAAGGGCGGGAACAAAAAGAGGUCCUGGAGUUAUUAUCAGCAACUGAAGCAGUUCAUGGCUGGCCAACCGAAGAUAUCCGAACAGAGCUUGAGGGCGUGUGGUCAAGCGAGUCGUGA